GCCUAUAUGACGUCAUGGGGCCGCGCCGCCCCUAUAUGAAGCAAGCGAGGCGCUGACUCGUUCCUUUUUACUCCCCACCCUUAGCUGGCGCUGAAGCUCCAGCAGCACUCUCCGGGACGCCGACACCCAAUUCACCGUCACCAUGAUCAUCUUCAGGGAUGUCAUCAGCGGAGAUGAAAUGUUCUCAGACAUUUACAAAUUAAAGGAAGUCGGUGGUGGGCUGUGUUUUGAAGUUGAAGGAAAGACAAUCAGCAGAAAAGAAGGCGACAUUUCUGAUGCUCUUAUCGGUGGAAAUGCAUCGGCUGAGUGCCUGGAGGAAGGAGCUGAAGCUACAACAGUCACUGGGGUUGACAUUGUGAUGAACCACAAACUCCAGGAAACUGGCUUCACCAAGGACUCAUUCAAACAGUACAUUAAGGACUAUAUGAAAUCACUCAAAUCUUAUCUAGAAAAGAACAAGCCUGACAGAGUGAAGCCUUUUAUGUCCGGAGCGUCAGAAAAAAUCAAAGAAAUACUUGGAAACUUCAAAAACUGGCAGUUUUACACAGGAGAGUCAAUGAAUCCAGAUGGCAUGGUGGGGUUUUUGGAUUACCGUGAGGAUGGUAUUACACCUUACAUGAUUUUCUUCAAAGAUGGCCUGGAAAUUGAAAAAUGUUAACAAUUUGGAUUGUCUGCCACAACAAACUGCUGCUGAUUUCCAUUCAUACCACACCAGGAUUAAAGUCUUAUGACCAACUCAAACUGGACUGUUAUCAUCAGGCGUCAUUAUUUCACCCCUAAAUUAUUGGAGUGGAGGAUAUUUUUAAACUUUUUUUUUUUUGUCAUUUAGUCCAAAUAAAAUCAUACUCCACUCUA